GGUUUUCUUAACAGUGAGUUGAAUAACACCAGUUUUUACUACGUAUUUUAAAAGUACUACAGCUUUAAUUCCAAUUCGAAACUUAAUUCUUUAAAUAUUAUUAUUCUUUACAUUUCAAAACACUUAAGCAACAGUUAUUUGAAAUUAUUUGUGCGAAAUGGGUCGCCGGAGAAAGGCACAUAAAGAUAAUGUUAAAGCCAGGAAACUUAAAGCAAAUAUUAAAACUGAUAUACCUAAUAAAGAAAUAAUCACUGAAGAUAUUUUAAAAAAGAGAAGAACUAAUCCCCAUGCGAAGGUAUCCCUUUCUGGUAAAAAGAAGCGCAGGAUCUUAAAACGAUUGAAGCAUUCUAAAACAGGUUCAAACCCUACAAAUGAUGAAGAGAUGAUGGAAGUCAAACCACAAGAAAAGACAACAAAGAAAACUCCCACAAAGAAAAAACAAACUAAAAAUGUUGAAAUUGGACCAGGACCAGCUGCUUACCUUCUUCCAUCGACUUUUGCCUAUGACUGUCACGAUGUAACCAAGAAACGAGCUCCGGCUAUAUCUAUUGCAGGCAAAAUAAAGACUAAGGAAGAAAUUGGGUGUGGUCCUGGACCGGGAAAAGUAAUGAUCGCUAAGUUUUUAACAAAUACAGGAGUUAAUAAAGGUCCAGAAAUUUCCAUAAAGGGUCGAAAUUUUUUUCAAUCUUUAAAACGAGAUGCAGAUCCUAAACUGCGAAACAUUGGUCCAAGUGAUUCAAAAUUAUAUCGUUCUCAGCCAGCUUUUACAAUACAGUCUAAGAAUUAUCCAAAAGUUAAAAAUGAAGAUUCUCCUGCACCUAAUAGAUACUGUAUCUCAUCUACUCUGGGUAAAGGCCCAUCAUUUUCUUUGUCAGGAAGAUGGAAAGCAAAAACAUUGAAAUCAAACGACUGCCCUCGUUAUCAACUAGGACAUAAAACAAAACUUGAUGCUCCGGCAUUUUCUAUUCAAUCAAGGCAUGAACCACCCACAUAUUCCUCAGUAAUACCAGGACCAAUGUAUAAAAUAAAUUAUGAUUCCAUACUACCAAGUGUACAUGGCAGUUACUUUGGAUGUAGGCAUAGAGAUGGCGUUGGAACUAUGCGAUGUCCGUCACCCUCUUCCGAUAGUUGA